GAGACACAUUUUUUAGAUACUCAAAUGAGCGGGUAGUCAGACACUCCCGGCAAAAUGUUUGCAGGUAAUCACUUUCCAUGGCAUUCUAGAACUCCUCAAUUUUAAUUAUAAAAAAAAUAAUCAAAUCAAAAAUGUUUAAAAAUUUAUUUUUUCUCAAAUCACGGCACCUCUGGUUCCGCUGGUUCACGGAAUCCUUGGAUUCCGCGGAACACCAGUUUAGAAACACUGCUAUAUGCUAUAGCAUAAUGGUGACUAUCUUUCUCUAAUUGUUGUUAGACGAAACAGAAAUGUUUGAAAAUUUGACAGGAGGUUCAUUAUAAUUCGUUCUUAGUGUACAAGAAAAAAAUUAAAUAAAAUUUCAUUAAAUCUCAUCUCUAACUACUUUCCCAAAUUCUCAGUUGCCCGUCUUUUUUAACCCGUAGUUGCAACUUUAGUCAGAAAAUUAUAAUAAUCUUAAAUUUGUUUUAUUUUUCUAUUUUCAAAUUGACUACGUAAAUACAAUGUUACAUACAAUGUUAAAUGAGUAUAACCAAUAUACGAAUUUUUUUUAUCCGAGUAGUGUAGUCCAAAGGCUCGCAUUGCAGCCUUUGACCUAUGAUAUUUACUCGAAUUAUCACGUGGUCUUAUUAAUAUUAAACUAAAAAGUAAUAGUGUGGUGCUAUGCCUCUUCUUAAAUAAACAAUUACGGAGCUUAAGGUAAAUUUAUUUUAAUGCAACGAAGGAUUAAUAAAAUAGUUUUUAUCAUUUUUAUAGGUUUUUCACAUAUUUCUGGGUUUAACAAUUUUUUAUUUUUUGAACGCAUCCUUUUUCAAUUUUUAAAAUGAUUAGGGUGAACCAAUUAAAACUAUUUUCGACUAAAAUGUUAAGAUAUGCUGAAAUACCUAUACCAACCUAUUAUUUCUAAUUAUUUCUUUAAAGAUCUAUAUAAUUUAAUUAAUUAGAAUCUAAUGAGAUUCUAAAGUCUGAUUUCAGCAUGAUUUAAUCGCGACUAGUCGAUAUUAACUGUAAUUAAAAUUAUUUUAACCUCUGGUUGAAUGUCAUUACAAUCGGUUAAGGCUCAAUCAUGUGUAAACGCUAACCAGCCAUUUCGAGUAAUUAACGUCGUGCCGUUAAUCGUGGUUUAAACAAUCAUCGAUAUAAAAUAUCUAUUCAAAAUAUUUUGACAACUAGAUAUCGAGGUUCAUUUUCAUUAUUCAAAUAUUAAUAUAUUUCUCUACUGAUUUCCAUCAAUUCAAAUAAAAUAUAAAAAAAAUUGUGCGGUCUUUUGAGAUGGCAUUUGAAGAAAACGGAGUUCCUUGUUCGUUGUUCAAAACGGAUAAGAGAAAAGUUUUAUUUUCCCAGUCUCAUAAAUUGGAAUUUUGAAUUUUCGUUUAUUUCAUUUGGUUGUAAGUCAUUGGUAAAGAUUUGCAAAGAUAUUUAUUUCGUUUUGUAAAGAAUUCGUUUUGCUACAAAAUAAAAAAAUAAUAAUGUGAGGUUGGGGAAAUGCCCCAAAUUUUAUAUUAAAUUUAGAUGUUUUUUAAAAAAAAUUAUAAAUAUAGUAUAUAGUAUUAUAUUUUUGCAGAAUAAUAAAAACAUUCGCAUUUGACCAUUGUGCACUCUUUCACAGUUCACUAAUAUAGUUUUGAUUGCCAAGUCAUCAUAAAGCUUCCACGUACCUACUGUUUGAUCGCUUGCCGUUUACCUGCUGUAAUGUAACCUCCUUAAAAUUUUCUCCAGUAAACGAACAAAUUCCUCUUUUAAUUCGUACGUCGUAUUUUGUAUAGUUAAUGCCGAAGGUACUUCACUUAAUUUUAUAUCGUCUGACUAUCGUCCAUUCGAAUCCAAAAAACGGGUAUAAAAAAAAAAAUUAUUAAUUUGUAUAAAUAUUCUUUUGAAAUUCUAAAUCUUGAAGAUAUUUUAAAAUGCUGUUCCUGCUUUCUUGUAUAAAACAUCUAUAAAUAUAUUAUAUUUAUUUAUACGAUUAUAUUUAUCCGGUUUUGUUGUAGUAUUAAUGUGACAUAUAUUUAUAUUGUUUUGUAAUCGUUCAUUCGUACAUUCAAUUAGAUUUUAAAAGUAACAAUCAUAUAAAAUGUAUAAAGUUUGACUGUAUUGUUUAAUUUUGAUAUGUACAUUUAUUAUGAAUGCAAUUUUACGGCUUAUGUUUUCUACAAAUAAUAUUGCUCCAGUAAAAAAAUAAAAAAAACAAGACCUUUUUGGUUGAAUUUUUAAUCUAAUUGGUGACCAAGAUAGUCGUUUUUUGUAAUUUUUUUAAAAGCUGAGCAAAACUGAAAAAUGCGCAAAAAGAAAGAGAAUAUUUUCGGAAAUAUUUCUUUUAUUAUUUUAAAUUUUUUUUUUGAUGUAUUUCAAUUAUAAAUAUUCGUAAAGACUUAUAAUUUUGACAGAAAGUCUAUAUUUAAUUUUUAUAGAGGUGGUAAAAUUGUUGUUAGACCAAACAGAAAUCUUUGAACAUUUGACAGGAGAUUCUUAGUCGUUCUUAGUGUUAAUAAAAAAAAAAAAAAAAUAUUUUAAUGUUUUUUUUUAUAAGUUUUAAAAUCAAAUGUUGACGAAAAGCGUAAAUAUUACGGCCUUUCAAAACAAGUAUAAAUGAAGUUCGCUCAGAAUCGUUUUUCAUUGGUUACAAACGGAAUAAAUUAAAUAACUUAAUGUAUCCUACCAUCCCAACUAACUAUUAACAACAAUAGCCGUACCCGUUCCCAGUAUUAAAUCUUUUUUUAUAUUAUUUUUACCUAAAAAACUUUCACCAGAAAUUUUGUCCAGUUGAUGAAUUUGGUGGCCAUUUUUUGAUUUUUCUCGUAGUUUUCUGAAUAGUUGGGAAAAAAUUGGGAAGGAAAAACCUGUAAUUUAAUUAAUAUAUAAUUACUAAUAAUGUAUAUUAUAAAGUACAAUUAGAAGAUGAAAACAUCUUGAAGACAAUUAAUUCGAUAACACAAUCGUUGUUUUAAAAUUGAAUACACAACGUAUUACUGAAUGUGUGAGAAAAAUUGAGUUUAACAUUUUUUUUUUUUUUAAAAAACUGUGACUUUUUGAAUCGUUAAUAUUGUAAAAAAUCGCCAGUUGUAUAUUUAAUUGUCUUCUUAAUUGUGAUCGAAGUAUAAUCAUCCAAAACGUCAAUUUUAAAUGUAAUUAAAUUUAUUUCACGCGAACUCAGAAACAGAAAAUUCUACUGUGACAGUUUAGUUACGAUAAAAAAAUUUAAAAAGUUGAUACUGGGGACGGGUUCAGCUAUUGUUGUAGCUGGUGGGAAGUUGGGAUGAUAGGAUACAUAAGUUUAUUUCAUUUAUAUCUUUAGCAACAGUAAACCAUUUCUGACGAUCCCGAGCGCAUAUAAUUAUGUAUAUAAUUUGGAGUGCUGUAAUUUUUUUUUGCGAUUUUUGUUUAAAUUUGAUUUCAAAAUACCCAUUAAAAAAAAAUUUAAAAAUAAUAUAGGCUCUUGUCGUUUUUCAAUCGGAGCUUGAUUUGUGCCAGAAAACGUGGUAGGUACUUAUGUGAAAUAACGAAAUCGUGAAAAAAUCAUAUCUUUUCCCCCGGUUAACCGUUUUUAUUUUAAAUACCGUUUCGAAAAUCGAAAAAUGACCUAUGUAUACCAAGUAGAUAAAAUUGAUUUUCAGAAAAGGUGCAACAUUUAUUUAUCGGAGUACAUUUUAUAAGAUAAAAAUGGUUUAAAUUAUAAAAAAAAAAAAUUAAGUACCAUAAUAAAAAAAUUUAAAACAGGAAAAAAAAGUCGUCUGAUGAUUUUAGAAAUUUUACCACUUCUAGGUAAGUCCAAUUUAAUUAUUAUUACCAAGGUUCAAGUCUGCACAUGUAUUUAUAACCGAAUUACAACAAAAAAUCUCCCAAAAAUUAAAAUUCCAUAAAAGCUUAAAAGUUGCUGAAAAGUUUUGACGAUGAUACCAUAAGAAAGCAAAUCAAAAAGGCAACAAAAAAAGUACUUUGUGUUUCUUUGAUUAAAUCUUUUUUCUAGUAGAAAACGUCGUCCGUGUUUUUAUAAUAUAAUGAAAUCGUGAAAUUGUACGUUUUUGUAAAUUUUUUCUCACUUAUGUGCUUUUAUUUAAAAAAUGACGUCAAAAAUUCAAAAAAUGACGCACUUGAUGUGCAGUCUAGACAACUUGAGCUUGCAUAAGAGUUGGUACACGUAAAUAUCAGAGCAAGUUUAAUAGGAAAAAACGUGUCCACAGUCUAGAAGAAAGAAAAAGAAGAAAAAAAGAAUUAAACAGCAUUGUAAAACCAAUAGCUCCCUCGAUACGCUCGGAAUCUAAAUAUUAUUGUGCGUUAUCGUCAUUUAACAUUGAUUUGACUUUGGAAUAAUAUUCUGCUACCGACUUUAGAAAGAAUAAAAAUAAAAAUAUAAAUGCCAUAAAUAGGAAUAAUAAUAUUUUUCCCAACCGGCACACGAAUGCAUGCGCACGAAGUGGUACUCGAAUUGACAUUGGUCUCCCUUCUCUAAAUGUCUAUCCGCGGGCAAGCGUAAAGCAUAGUAGGUUUUUAAAAAUACAUAUUGAUUUUCGUUAACAUUAACAUUGUCUUAUUGUUAUUGUUAUUAGACUUUACACCCGGUCAUAAUCUGAUGAAAUCGUAUUUAUUACAUUACAGAAAAAUCGCUUCUCCUGCAUUGAUCCGGAGUACACCAGUCAGUGUGUUGUCAUCGAUAUUAUCACUAUUAUACCGGUUCGUAUUUUGAAACUGCGGCCCGAAUUAGUAUAUUAUCAUCCGCGUUCUGCAGCACGGGAUUUUGAUUCGAACCGACGGCGAUUUAACAAGUAAGUCACAUAUUAUUACUUGUUGACAAAUUAUAAUAUUUAAUGAGAUGGUCCGCGGACGUGUCGUUCAGGUCCAUUUCCCUGGCACCCCCAUUAAUGAAUUUCGAAACGAAAUCAAAGGCAUUUUUUUGUGCUGAUUUGUGCCGCUAAUCCCGACAUUUGUGCUGAUUUGUGCCGUUAAUCCCAACAUUUGUGCUUUUAAAAUUUCCGAGAUACGGCCGGUUUUUUCAGGGGGUGCCGGGGAAAUAGUUACACUUCUUUCCGAUGUGUAUAAUAACCAUCGUAAGCCCUUAUAUUUUACGCAUAAUUUAUUAUGUUUGGUUGUAAGCCCAUAUUAGUGAUAUCUAUGAAUAUUUUUGUUAAAAGUUGAUUUGCUGUUUUUAAUAGUUGAACAUUUUGGGAACAUGCGAUAAUUAGGUAUUUAAAUAUACUGAAAAAUAUUCAUUGAUAGCACUAAUAUGGGCUUACAACCAAACAUAAUAAAUUAUGCGUAAAAAAAUACGGGCUUACGGUAGUUAUUAUACAUGUCGGAAAGAAGUGUGACUAUUUACCCGGCACCCCCUAUGCAAAUCGGCCGUAUCUCGGAAAUUUUAAAAGCACAAAUGUCGGGAUUAACGGCAAAAAUCAGUUCAAAUGUAGCACAAAAAUGGGCUCUUGGUUUCGUUUCAAAAUUCAUUGGUGAGGGUGCCAGGAAAAUGGACCUGUUGUCGUCGUUCCGAGUGACGAAUCGAUAAAAACAUUUUUAUCGAUCUAAUUUUAUGCUAUCAAAGUAAUUGAAAUGCAUAAGAUCUUUUUUAGACUCUGAGUGGAGCAACGAAGCUUAUGGUUUUACAAAGAUCCUUAUUUUUUUUUUUCUAUUUUUUAGUGUAGCUCUUUUUCUGAGAGAAAAUCGGAAUGUAUAGGUACUUUAAGGUGAUCAUUUUAUGAUUAUCUCAAGAGUUUUCUCAAUAAAUGGAAAAAACGGGGAAAAACAAAAAAAAUAAGUACAAUACCAUAUAUUAUUAAAAAAAUAUAUUAUAUAACACCUACCUACUAAAAUUAUUUUACUAUAAUAUAACAUAUAUCAGAUGAUACAUUUAAGUGGGUACACUCAUUAUCUCGUAAAGUAUUAACUUUUUCCAGAAUUUGUUUUCUAGUAAAUUUAAAAAACAAGCUACUUUACAAUUUUAUAUUUAUGUUAUUUUUGACACUUUUUGGGGGUAAAAACAUUGCCUACUUUUGAUUUUCAAAUAGCAACCUACAUUAAAAAUUCCAUAAAGAGAUGGAAUAUUAGUUAAAAUGAAUUUGAGUGUUGAAUACCUUAUGGAAAAUAUAACAAUGAAAGGCGAAAAUAUUAUAUAAGAUUCAAUAUAAAACAAAAUUUAAUGUCCGUUCUGUGCAUUGUAAUUAUAAUGGGUGCAGGUAAAAUUGGUACUACAUCAUUUCUAUAAAUGUGUUUGUAUUAUUGAUUAUUGGAAUUGCCAAACAAAUUCUUUCUUGAGUUAAGUUAGGAUUUUGAUAUAUUUUGGCGUUUUGAAAAUGCAGUCUUGUUCAUACAGUAUAAAUGAACAUUAGUUACCGAUAUGGUUUAAAAUUUUGAUAACGUUAUAUUAUUUUAUUGCUUUAGCGUUUUAAAAUAUUUAUAUUAAGUAUCUAAAUAAUAUAUUAAUAGACAGUUGCUCAGAACAAAACCGUAUCUAGACCUGAUAAACUUUCAACAAAUUUGUUGUUUAUUUUUUAAUUUAAUUUUAUUAAAUUCAUAUUAAAAUUUUAACAUUUUACUUCCAUCAAAUAAUAUUCUUCCUUACUCUUGAAUUUUUUUUUAGGUACGCAUAUAAUGCGAACUACGUUACUGUGUAAUACUUACGUUCUUCUAAUUAUACCAAACAAUAUAUUUUUCAAUAUUACACCGUGUGUUUGAAAAUAAACCAAAUAAUAAACCACAAUAAUAAUAGUGGUAUAGUUAAUUUUAUUUCGAGGUCUAUAUUUUGAGCCAGACACCCCAUGAUUAAAAAAAAAAAAAGUUUGGCUCCCCCUUGUCUCCCAUUUCAAUAGGUAGUGACUGUUCUUUAGAAAAAAAAUUGCAUUUACAAAUACUUUAUAUUGUAUAGAUAAUCUAUAGUUAUUGUAGAAAUAAAGAAAUUUAUUCAAGUUUCGAUUUUUUUUAUUUAAUUAUUUAUUUACCUACGUAUUAUAAUUUAUAUUAAUUUACAUGAAACUGAUAACUUCUUCGGUAGACAUGUUAAAAUAUAAUAUUAUGCACAGUUGAAGAUAUCGCCCGCGCUGGGUUAUAAAUGUUAAAAGUUCAAGCUCGUAUCAUAAUGUAUACAAUUUAACCUUAAUUUUUUACAGUUAAAAUAAGAAAACAUUAUUAUGAAGUUCACAAUAUUUUUUAUCUAACCCAAUAGUAAUAAUUAUUAAUAUGUUUGUUUGCGUGUGGCUGUGUGAAAGUGGAUGUCUAUAGUGUGCAAUAAUUAUUAAGUGUUGAACCUUGCGCGGUGCAUUUUGUUUUCUAUUUCGAUGGACGUAAUAAUAUUUUAUUUUUUAAUCGUUUAAUAAUAAAUCAUCCAAAAAAAAGACGAUCGUGUAGAAAAUAUACCGUGUUUGUUCUGAAUAAAUCGUUUAUGUAGAGGUGCCUAUAUUGUGUAAAACGCAUAAAAAAAAAAUUAAAUUAAACUAAAACCCGUUUAAAUUAAAAAUAUUUUGGUAAAUAACUUUGUUCUACGAAAAUUAACAGCUGCAACCUUGUCUAAUUAAUGAAUUUGAUAAUGGGGUACAUGGAAAAUACCUCUAAGUGGUGUAACCCAGGCAACGUUCUUAACGGCUCAUUUUUCCAAAUCCAGGCACAUAUGUUCUCUACAUAUAUUGCAAUAUUAUUUUAUACUUUAACAAUAGUCAAUGGUGUUAUUGCGCUGGUGUGUGGUGUUAAUGCAAGAGCGUUCGAUCGAUUAAUACUAGUUAAUUGUACCUACCCAGAAGUCACGAGUUCAUACAAGAGUUCCAAAACAUUUUUUUUUGUAAAACCAAGUAGGAAAUGUAACAGAAAAAAAACAUAUGCAUUUUGUUUCAAAAAAUAGUUUUAAAAUCAAAUUUUGACGGAAAUCGUAAUUAUUACGGCCUUUCAAUAAAUGUAUAAUCGAAUUUCAGUCCGAAUCGUUUUUCGUUAUCAACAAUUUAUCGUUGGUUACAGAUAUAAAUUAAAUAACUUAAUAUAUACCACAUUUUCCACUACACAACUACAAGGGUGAAAGUACCAGUAUCAUCUCAUUUAUAGACUAUUACUAUAGCUUUCUGCCUUUUUUCGGGAUAACAAAGAAGAUAAAUAUUUAUAAAUAUUCUCGGCAACUUAUGCCUAUCAGACUUAUUGUUUCUAAUCAUUUUUUUUUUCAAUCUUUAAGUCUUAAAUAUUUGAAUAUUGAGCUUUCAAUAUUAUUUUCAAUUUUUCACCACUACUACUCAUAUCUGCAAUGAGUACACCUAUAUUCGAAUUAAAAAUAAAUAUAAAAUUCACCCAAGAUCCACCAAGAAACCACCCACGGUAAAUGAAUCUUCUGGAAUAUAUAAAUCUAACGAAUGGCAUCGGAAGUUUGUAGCGUCUAUACUUAAACAAAUACGGCGGCUUAAAUAAAUUGAAAUUCCCAAAAUUAAAUAAUUGGAUCAGCCAUUUUAAAGUUUAAAAAUAGGAAAAUUUCCUGAAAUUGUACAUAGACUAUUUAGGAACCGCGUAUCAUCGUUAAAGUAGAGUGUAAUCACGCAAUUUAUAACCCGUCCCUACUCCUCCAGUCUAAACUUUUUAAACGGUUAUGAUUCUUAAACGGUAAAUCUGAUAUUAGUGUUAUGGAUACCAAAAGUUCUAAAAAAAAAAAAAAAAAUUAUAUACUUAUUUAAGGUAUUUGGAGUAGGGGUAAAAAAUUUAAAAUAGUUUUAACUUAAUCGAUUCCGUGAUGAUAGAAAAAAAAAAAUACGGCAGAAAUCAAAUUCAUUAAAAUCCUUCUGGAAACUUAGCGGUUUGUGAUAAAAAAAAUCACCACGUAUAUUUAUAUAUUCUGUAUAAUAUAUCUUAGUAGUUUGUAACACGGUGUAUUCCUAACAAGUUGAUAUAACAAACGCAAAUAAUCGAUUUCACCGUUAUCUUAUACAUAAAAUUCUCGUGUCACGUGUUUGAAGUCGCACUCCUCCGAAACGGCAUGACAGAUUUUAAUGAUAUUAUUUUUUUUUAUUUGGUAGGCAUGAGAAUAAGUCGUAAAGUAUUUUUAACCCCCUUAAAACCACCCAUUACUUGUAAAUCGCGAUUUUAGUAUUUUCGCAUAUAAAUAAACACGAGCAACAUCAACUAAUUUAGCUUAUAAUAUAAUAAAUACUAUUUUUCUUUUUGUUGAUUUGUGUUACACUGGUAACAGGGAUGAAAAACCGGUGAUUGAUUGUUAUUACAAAUUAUACGGUUUAACACGGCAAAAAUCAAAAUUUAUUAUGAGUAAAAUAAUAAUAAUACAAAUUGGCACAGGCAACGUCGGGCGCGGGCCAGCUAGUAAUCUAAUACAAUUAUUAUUUAUCUAUUUAUUUUACAAUAAAUAUACUGGCUGUUUGUUGUACUGAAAACGGUUGUUAAUAAAAAAUAUGCAUAUUUUAUAUUUUUGAUCGCUUAUCACAACAGUAAUAACAAUUAUCGAUAACGCGUACAAGCCAUCGGUUUACGUAUAUACGUCUGAAAACUGUAUAAUGGGAAAUUAUAAUAAUUAUUGUUGAAUGUAUGUAAAUACGGAAUUUAGAUAUAUUUGCGUUUAUAAUCUACAGAAAAAAAAAAUUUUUUUUUAUAAUAAAUCAGCAAUGUUUGUGUAUUAAAUUAUCAGAUUAAAAGCGUAGCGAGAUACAAUCGCAAGUGACGAACAAUUGAUGUGGAUAAUAAUUAUAUAAUUUAUAUAAACACGAUUAUUUAUAUUAUUUCAAUAAUGAUGAAUAAGGUACAAGUUGAUUUUUUUUAUGUAAUAAAAUUAUGUGAUUGUAAAAUACCUAUGCAAACUGUUAUUGUUAUUAUUAUUUUUUUUUUACUACACCAUAAUUACAUUCGGUUAAACAACGACCUACCUAUUUAAUAUUUUGCAAUUUUUUAUAAUAUUUCAGUAGCUACAUCCACAAUGCCAGUAAAGUAUUCGGAGACUGGCCAUCAAGAAAAUAGUACGGUUAUGAACGGUAAUUCUUUAUGCUCUGAAAACGAAGAAGUAGUUAUAAGCGGGAUUUCCGGACGUUUACCGGAAUCCGAAUCGAUUGCUGAGUUCACAGAAAAUCUAUUUGCUGGGGUAGAUUUAGUAACAGACGAUGAUCGCCGUUGGCCACCUGGUAAAGAAAACAAUACAAUAAAUUAUUAUCGCUUACAACAAGAGACUAAUCGUUUUUUACAUUCCAUCAUGUUAUUCUGUUUAUUAAAUUGAUAUGGUAUUUACUAUUAAUAUGAUGCCAUGAAAUUAAGACAAUUAACAUUGGUUUAAAAAUAUGAAAAAUUUCAGGUCUAUACGGCCUACCAUUAAGAACGGGGAAACUCAAAUCAUUGGAAUACUUCGAUGCCAAUUUUUUUGGAGUACACGCAAAACAAGCUGAAGUUAUGGACCCGCAAUUAAGAUUACUUUUAGAAACCACCUAUGAAUGUAUUGUAGAUGCUGGUAAGCUAUCCACUAAAUUAAAACAUGUAAGGUUUAUUGUAUUUAAUUAAAUAUUGUAAAUUAUAGUAUACAUAAUACAGUUAAUAAUAUUAGUACCUACAUAAUUAUACGUAGUAGGUAUUGAACAAUUUUUAAAUAGGUGUGAAUCCUGAUGAUAUUCGUGGAUCAAAAACCGGAGUGUUCGUCGGCACAACUUUUAAUGAAACUGAUGAUUACUGGGGCAGAAAUCAAGAAAGUGUUAAUGGUUAUGGAUUGACCGGUUGUUGUCGGGCCAUGUUUUCCAACCGGAUUUCAUACACUUUUGAUUUAAACGGUCCUAGUUACGCGAUAGACACAGCUUGUUCGGGAAGUUUGUUUGCUUUGGCACAAGCACUACAUGCUAUACGAAGCGACCAGUGUGAAGCUGCGAUUGUAGGAGGGGUCAGUGUAUUGUUAAAACCUACAAAUUCAUUGCAAUUUCACAAAUUAAACAUGUUAUCGGCAAAGGGAAUGUGCAAAGCGUUCGAUGUGACUGGUGAGUCUGUGUAUAUUAGUGAUAUGAAAGAGAAAAAGAGAAAUUCAAGUAAUAUAUAGAUAUUUAAAAUUGAAUGUAGGUAAUGGAUAUGUAAGAAGUGAAGCUGUCGUUUCGAUAUUCCUACAAAAGGCCAGCGUAGCUAAACGUAGUUAUGCCACUGUAGUAGAAGCAUUAACCAAUAACGACGGGUUCAAAGAAGAAGGAAUUACUUUCCCUAGUGGUAAAAUGCAAAAUAGGCUAAUUCAAGAAGUAUACGCCAGGUGCGGUGUGAACCCAGCCGAUGUAGAUUAUGUAGAAGCUCACGGUACCGGAACUAAAGUAUGAUCAUAAUGUAAUGAAAAUAUAUUUAUAUAAAUAUAUAUAAUUUUCAUUAGAAUUUAUGCGUAAGUUUAGGUCGGUGAUCCCCAAGAAGUUAACUCUAUCGCUGAAUUUUUCACUAAAGACCGUACUUCACCUCUAUUAAUUGGCUCUGUGAAAUCAAACAUGGGACAUUCUGAAUCUGCUUCCGGUCUUUGUUCGUUGGCUAAAGUAGUUAUUUCAUUAGAAGCUGGGAAAAUUCCUGGAAACCUUCACUUUGCUAACCCGAACCCAAACAUUCCAGCCUUAUUAGACGGACGGUUAAAAGUAAUCUACGACAAAAUUAUUGGUUUUUUUUUUUUAUUAAAACAAACAAUCUGUUUUCAGGUCGUAGAUAAAAACUGCGACUUUAGCGGUGGUUACGUAGCAGUAAACUCUUUUGGUUUUGGCGGUGCCAAUGCCCACGUCUUAUUAAAGUCCAACCCUAAACAAAAAAUUGAUCCGAUUAUGAACGAUAUACCUCGUUUAAUUUGCGUAUCUGGACGAACAGACGAAGCAGUUAAUAACAUGCUGAAAAAAGUAAAUUUCUAUUUAAUUGAAUAUAUCAUUUCAAUUAUAUAUUUAUUAAAUGUGGUUUUUCAAUAGAUUUCCCAAACUCCUUUAGACGACGAAUUUGUUGCUCUGGUACACGACAUCCACGCUAAUAAUAUUAACGGGCAUGGAUUUAGAGGAUAUUCUGUUCUUGGAAAAUCAAUCUCUGAAGUAACGGUAUGUUAUUUUAAAUUUAAAACGUUUCAUUAUUGAAACUGAAUCCCAAUUUUAACCCUAUUAAUGGCUCUUUUAGGAAGUAAGGAUAUCUAAACGACCUGUUUGGUUCAUUUUCUCCGGAAUGGGAAGUCAGUGGGCUGGUAUGCUUGAAGGAUUUCUUCAGUUAAAACCAUUCGCUAAGGCAAUUCAUAAAGCUGCAGCUAUACUUCAACCUAAAGGUUUUGAUUUGAUAGGCACUUUGAGCUCCAAAGACGAAUCGACUUUUGAAAAUCCCCUUAACUCGGCUUUAUCAAUAAUAGCUAUGCAAGUAAUGUUUUGGUAUUUAAAUUAAUUAUUCUUACAUUGUAAAGGUAAUUAAAAAAAAAUUUUUUUAUUUUUUUGAACCUAUGGAUAGGUGGCUUUAGUCGAUUUGUUAAAAUCAUUAGGUAUUGAACCAGAUGGUUUUCUUGGACACUCUGUCGGAGAAAUCGCUUGCGCAUAUACCGAUGGUGCAUUUACUAUUGAACAAACGAUGAUGAUUUCAUACAUAAGAGCAACUUCUAUAUUAGAAUCUAAUUUAGUUAAAGGGUCUAUGGCUGCAGUCGGUAAGUGAAUUUUAAUUUAUUUAAAUAGUUGUUUUGUGAUGCAGGGUUAACAAAACAUAAGAAAAUUAUUAUCUCGGAAUGUAUUAACUAUUUAUAAAGUUUGUUUUUUAGAAAAUUUAUAAACAAGCAGGUUGAUAUCUUUCUACUAAAUUUAAAACGAUUAAAUUGAAUUGUGGAAUUUCUUGUCAACAGAUUGAUAGAAAUGAAACAUUUAUUAAAUUUAAAAAUGUAUACAAUUCUGAAAUUUUUAAUAUACGUUGCUUAUUAAAAACCAAAAGUGGAUAGUAGUUUCACCCCGGAAUAUAACAGUAUGUAGCAUUUAGAAUUGCUUGUUGUAUAUUAUAUGUGUACAUAUAAUGUUUACAAAGCAUCUGUAUAAACUGAACUCCGCACAGAAUCGUUUUUUCGUUAUCAAUGGUUUACCGUUGCUUACAGGAUUAUAUUAAUUUUCUUUCUGUAUCCUACUUUCCCAACUUUUCACUUAGAUCAGUGGCUGUACCAACGUGUAAUGUAUAUCCAUCUUUUUAAAAAAUAAACUUCGAAAAUCAUAUUUAAUAAUUAUAAGAUAGUAAGAAUCUCAUAAUAUAUUGAUCAUUAUGUAAGUAAUGUAUUUUUAUUUUUUUAUUUUAUAUUAAAACGCAUAGGUUUAUCUUGGGAGGAAACCAAAGCAAAAUUGCCGGAGGAUAUAUUUGCCGCUUGUCAUAAUAGCGUGGAUAGUGUGACGAUUUCAGGACUACCAAAAAGCGUCAGUGAAUUUGUAAAGAAAUGUAAAGCAGAAGGCAUUUUCGCAAAAGAAGUUAAUAGUUCUGGACUUGCAUUCCACUCAAAAUACAUUGCCGACGCUGAACCUAGACUUCGCAAGAGUUUGGAACUAGUAAGUACAAUUGGUUUAAUUUGAGCUUUGUACUAAGUUUGUGUCACGCUACUAAAAUUAUUAUAAUAUCUCAUUUAAUAAAACCAAACACGUAAAUAUACAUGAAUAAUUUAGUAAGUCUGAGCGACCUUGUUUCACGCCGUCCAUAUAGUCAAUAAAAUGGUGUCCAAUUAUCUAUUACUUACUUAUCUGAGAGCCCUGUAAUUGAUUUAUAUCCUUAAAUUUUGGAAAUCGUCAGAAAAUUUAGUUUUAAUUUUUAUAAUAUUGAAUUCAUUCUUUGCAGUUGUAUCUUAGUACUUUUACAGUUAAUUUUUCUCUUAAUUUUUUUUAGAUAGUUGCAGAGGCGUAGUAUCGUCCGUGCCAAAUUAAAUAUUCAAUAAUGUCCAUGAUUUUAGGUCAUAAUAAAAAAUAUCAAAAAUUAAUAAUUUUUCGAAUUUUUUUUUAUAUAGAUUUUAACCAACCCAAAACCACGUUCAUCACGAUGGAUAAGCACGUCUAUACCCGAAAAUCGUUGGGAUACCCCACUAGCUAAACUAAACUCUAUUGAUUACCAUGUUAACAAUGUUCUGUCACCAGUGUUAUUCUAUGUAAGUUAUAAAAACUAAAUUAUUGAAAAAAGGUACUUAACGUAAUUGUAUUUUUCUUUUCUAAUACUAAUAAUUAGGAAGCUCUUUCUCAUGUACCGAAAGAUGCUGUUUGUAUUGAAAUCGCACCGCAUUCGUUACUUCAAGCCAUUUUGAAGAGGGCUCUAGGACCAGGGUGUUUGAGCCUCGGUCUCACCAAGCGAUCGACAAACCCAACAGGAAACAUUUCAGUCUUGUUGUCAGCAAUUGGAAAGUGGGUUUCCCGUUUUAUAUUUUCUUUCGAAUACGUUCUUUGAUUAUAUUAUUUAAUAAUAGACUCUAUAAUGCUGGACUUCAACCAAAAAUCAAAAACUUGUACCCUUCCGUGUCCUAUCCCGUGGCUCGUGGAACCCCUAUGAUUCAAUCGUUAAUAGAGUGGGAUCAUUCAACUCAAUGGGCCGUUGCUGAAUUUGUUCAGAAGGUAGGUUAAAUUUAAUGUUUAUAAUAAAUAAAAUAAUAAAAAAAAACUAAUAUUACAAAUAAUAUGAAUAACAGGAAGGAGGAUCGGGUGAAUCUGUUAUCAAAGUUGAUUUAAGUAAAGGAGAAGACCAAUUCUUGUCCGGUCACACUAUCGACGGUAGAGUACUAUUCCCAGCCACUGGAUAUUUAGUAUGUUCAAAUGAAUAGUAUUAUACUACAUACUUAUGGUAAUAUAAAAAUAUUUAACAUUUUUAUAGACUCUUGUAUGGAAAACAUUUGCAAAACUUCAAGGUAAAGGCAUUGAAGAAUUCCCAGUUGUUAUCGAGAAUGUUCAGUUUUUGCGUGCAACGAUUAUGCCCAAAGAUGGUAGAGUAAAUUUAAUAAUAAUUCAGAAAUAACUAAAUUCAUAUAUUAGGAGAUAAAUAUAUUAAACGAGUUAAUAAAAUUAUUAAUAUUUUGUUUAUCAUACUAGUCUUGACUUAUAGUUUUUUGAAUAUAAUUCUCCAUAUGAAUAUGACAAUUACAGUAAAAACGCUUAAUAACGAAAAUCUCUUUGUAACUUAUAUAGUUUAUCAAAUGAUUGGUGUGAUAAACAAGCUGUUAAUAAAUACAUUCUCUGUGGCAUAUCAAUCGCUCUUUUUAAUAAAACAAUUUUUUUGUUUCGCAAUUCAAUGUUUGUGUUUUUAAAUUUUAUCAUUGUUAUUAUUCAAAUAUCAUCGCCGUAACGUCAAACAUUCAAUGCAUUAACACUGUAUUGCUUUUAUAAUAUUUGUCAUUUCAAGUAUAUACAUGAGUAUAUACUUUAAUACAUAAAUAAUUUAAAUUUUGAUUUUUUUUUUUUAACCAUUUCCUUUUGUGAAAAAUCACUACAGCGAUAGCAAUUUCUAGGUUCCCUCGGAUUCGUUAUAAAUGAUUUUCACUAUACCAAUAUUUAUAUAUUAAUUUUGUAUGUAAUCAAUUACAGUCGUUAUUUUUAAUUAUUUCUUAUUAAUGAAGGAAACGUAAACUUUUUCAUCAAUAUUUUCGAGGGAACUGGCAAUUUUGAAAUAUGCCAAGGGGAUUCUGUUGCGGUAACUGGUCGAAUAGCUGUUCUUGAAGACGUAAAUUUAGAACAAUUAGAUGCUGAAUUACCUGUUAUCGAUUCCAACCAAACUGCCUUACAUCUAAAAUCUGGAGAGAUUUAUAAAUAUUUGGGUUUGCGUGGAUACGAUUACAAAGGGGUAUUCCGCGGAGUAAAGGAAUCUGAUAAUGAAGGUGAAACAUUGAAUUAAAAUAAAUAAAUAACAUAUUAUUCAUAUGUAACGAUAUAAUUUAUUUAUUUAGGCAACAGUGGAAAAUUGGAAUGGAAUGGAAAUUGGAUAAGCUUUAUCGAUACGAUGCUACAGUUUUCUAUUUUAGGUUUGAAAACUAAAGAUUUAUACUUGCCCACGCGGAUGCAAAGAGUUGUUAUUGAUCCAGUAAAGCAUUUGCAAAUUGUAGAGUCUAUACCGGAAAAUAACCGUACGUUUUAUUAAUAUACAUAUCCAGGCGGUAUAAUAUGCGAAUCAAAAUCAAUUUAAUAGAUUUGAUUUAUUUUAAGUUGUUCCCAUAAAUAUGUACCGUGAUAUUGAUGUUAUUAAAUCUGGCGGUAUUGAACUAUGUGGCAUGAAAACAAGUUUGGCUCCAAGAAGACAACAAGCACAAGCGGCUCCUAAAUUAGAAAAGUAUAGAUUUGUACCUUACAUCAAGGACAAGGUAAUUAAUUCUAAAGGAAAACUCAGAGUAUUUAUCCUAAUAAUAUUUAGUGAAUUAGAGUAG